AUGUCCAUCAAAACCAUGCCAAUUUUAUCUGAUCCAGCCAAGAAUCUUGCCAUUGAAAACACGACAAGAUCCUAUGACAAAGCAUUUAACUCUUCUGCGAUGGACAAUAGAAAACGUCAUGCCUGUAGCAAUUCUCAAGGCGUGUCAACUUCUUCAUCCGUACCUUCUUCUUCUUCGUUGAUUGUCAGCCCAUCACCCUCUCAAAGUAAGAAAAAAACUUGCGAUGAUAACGCUACUGAGAAUUCAACAGAUGCCUCAAGUCAACCGGUUAAUUCUUCUGAUGAUGUCGGGGUAAUUGAUGAUCUUCCUGUCAUCACAUCUCAUAUUUCACCGGUUCUAUCAUCAUCAAAAUCAAAUCAAUCUUUGCCUAAGGGCAAUGAUAAUAUGAUCUCGGUGAGAAAGACUCAACCGCCGGCCCCACCGAGAAUAGCAACCACCUUCGUUAAUGACGCAGCCAGUCCGCUGACUUCCGAAAGGAUAAAGAAAUUUCAACAUCAACGUGUAACCUCAGAUGAAGAUGCUCUAAUAACUUUACCAAGUCCCGCAACAUCGGUUCAUGAUUUUCCCGCCUCUCACCAUAUAAAACAUAGUUCAAUUCGGAAAAGAGUAAAUUCUACGAAUUUGAAUGUGGAAAAGAAUUCUUAUCCUCAUCAUCUAUCGGGACAUAGGAGUAAUUCUUCAUCGGAGAUGUACCACAAUCGUCCUCAAGGCAAAGAUCACAGUCAUAAUGAUGAAGUGGGACCUUUAAACGAUCACUCUUCAUUACAACGAAGGUUGAACAAACUUGGAUUAGCUAAUGCAGAGUUAAUUGGACAUUACGCCAUUAUUAAGGCGAUUGGCUCUGGUUCUUUUUCAGAAGUGAAACUUGCUAUGGAUUUGAAAACUUGCAAGAAGGUAGCAAUCAAGAUGAUCACCCUGAAAGGAAUUGAGGAUAGUGAUCGAUUAAAGACAGGUGUCUGGCGUGAAGUCGAACUCUUAAAGUUCAUCGAUCAUCCUAAUAUUGUUAGUCUUAUCGAUACAAUUGAUACACCUUCACACCUUUGCUUGGUUCUCGAAUACGUUCCUGGUGGCGAAUUAUUCGACUUUGUAAAUGAUUAUUAUGAUGAAACCACAGAGGAGGAUGCAAAACAUAUCUUCCUCCAAAUUGUUGACAUUGUAUCCUACCUUCACAAUUCCAACAUUGUUCAUCGUGACCUGAAACUAGAAAACAUACUACUGGAAUCCGCUUUCUCGAUCGAGAACCCGACAAAACCGGUUAUUAAAUUAACGGAUUUUGGUCUAGCAAAGUUCAUCGAUCCGACGUCACCACUUUCCACCACCAGAUGUGGAUCAGAGGAAUACGCAGCACCGGAGUUAAUACUGGCACAACCGUACGAUGGUAGAAAGACUGAUAUAUGGGCAUUGGGAAUUAUCUUGUACUCUUUACUUGUCGGAUAUUUGCCAUUUAACCAAGGACGUAGGGAAACCAGAAAGCAAUUCUGCAGUAAGAUUGCUAGAGGCGAUUUUAGUUUUCCUCGGUCAGAUGUUGGUGGGAGACGUGCAAUUAUUAGCGAAGAAGCAAAGGAUUUGGUGAAGAGGAUAUUACAACGCGUACCCGAGAAAAGACCUUCCCUGAGCGAUAUCAAAAAUCACCCAUGCUACGAAUAA